AAGCUCCAUUCGGAGCAGGUACUAGCCGGCCUCUGUCUCAGCAGGAAGACUUUCCGAGGUAGAGGGGCAAGGUGCGGGGCAGCCUAGACUCAGUCUCUGUAUCCAAGCCCCCCGCCCCAAUUUAUCUGUAGUCUUUCUCAGCACAUCACACCUCCCCCCAGCAGGGACUCCCCUGCCCUGCCCCUCCAGGGGGGUUAUAGGUUCUUAAGGCCUCUCGGGAGGGAGGAAGGGAGGGGGCGGGGCAGCGGCGGCUCAGAUAUAAGGGACCCAGGCGCUGUUUGCGGGUCCAACCAGCCCACCAUGAGCUCCCACAGCCUCCCUAUCCUCCUUCUUCAAGCCUGCUGGGCCCUACUCCACCCGCGCGCCGCGACCGCUGCCGCUUUGCCUCUGUGGACACGGGGGCAGCCCUCGUCACCGUCCCCUCUGGCGUACAUGUUGAGCCUCUACCGAGACCCGCUGCCUCGGGCGGACAUCAUUCGCAGCCUCCAGGCGCAAGAUGUGGACGUGACUGGGCAGAACUGGACCUUCACGUUUGACUUCUCCUUUUUGAGCCAAGAAGAGGAUCUGGUGUGGGCGGAGCUCCGGUUGCAGCUGCCCAGCCCUAUGGACGUCCCCACUGAAGACCCACUCACCAUAGACAUUUUCCACCAGGGCAAGCUGGAUCCAGAGCAGGACCCGGCUGACUGCCUGGAGCGCGUUUGGAUGGAAACGUUCACCGUCACUUCUUCUCAGGUCACGUUUGCCUCAGGCAGCACAGUCCUGGAGGUGACCAAACCACUCUCCAAGUGGCUAAAGGACCCCAAGGCACUGGAGAAGCAGGUGUCCAGUCAAGCAGGAAAGUGUCGGCAUCAGCCCCACACUCCGCCUGUCCCUGUCGCCAGCACCAAUGUGCUCAUGCUCUACUCCAACCGACCUCAGGAGCAGAGGCAGCUGGGGGGCGCCACUUUGCUCUGGGAAGCUGAGAGCUCCUGGCGGGCCCAGGAGGGACAGCUGUCUGUAGAGAGGGGCGGAUGGGGCAGAAGACAGCGCCGACAUCAUUUGCCAGACAGAAGCCAACUGUGUAGGAGGGUCAAGUUCCAGGUGGACUUCAACCUGAUUGGCUGGGGCUCCUGGAUCAUCUAUCCCAAGCAGUAUAACGCCUAUCGCUGUGAGGGGGAGUGUCCUAACCCUGUGGGGGAGGAGUUUCACCCUACUAACCACGCCUACAUCCAGAGCCUGCUCAAACGCUACCAGCCCCACCGGGUUCCUUCCACAUGCUGCGCGCCGGUGAAGACCAAGCCGCUGAGUAUGCUUUAUGUGGACAAUGGCAGGGUCCUCCUGGAACACCACAAGGACAUGAUUGUGGAGGAGUGUGGGUGCCUCUGACAGAGCCGAGGGGAGUGCUGAAUUGGCUUGCACUCCACAAUGCUGAUGAACUCUAAGGAGACGCCAUUGUGUCUAUCCAGGGAGCAGAAACAGAAGAAGGGCUCUGCCUGCUGGAGCUAAAGAGGAAGGCCCCGCCCCCUGUGCAUACAGGGCUCUUAGACCUGCCAAGCCAGAGGCUACUGUGGGAAGGCAGGCUGGGGAAGCCUUGUAGGGGCUGUCUGGCUGGACUCCCUGGAAAUAGCGUUUAUGAACUGCUUGAGAUUUUGUGCAAAGGCUGGGGUAUAUAUGUAUUUAUUUUUGAGGCCAUUUGUAGCUUUCCUGUAUUCUCAAAAGUGGUCUGUGGCCCGCUGUCCCUCCCUCAAGACUAGUAUAUAUUAGAUUAAAACUAGCCAUUUGGCUCUACCUGCCUCAAGCUAGGCUAAGGGAGCCCCACAACUUUUCCGGCUGGCUGGUGGUGACAUACUGGCCUUGGUCAGGGGCUCUCUGAUCUCUAUACUGAGUUGCCUAAACAAUAAAGCCACUGUCCAGUUCUCCAGGGCCAGCUGGUGCCUUUGACCAGAGAGGUGGGCACUUGUCCAAGAGGGGACUGGCCAUGGUGGACUUUAGAAGCCAGAGCCCUCAGACGUCUGCUUGGCAGACACAACCCAAGUCUAUUAAAAGUCAAUGACAAUUC